UCCAGUUUUGAGGAAAAUUGGCUCAACUCCUGGUGGACAGAAAACUUGUGUUCAUAUUCAUCAAGUAUUUCCUUACUUAUACAUACCUUACGAUGGAACUAAACCCACAGAUAAAUAUCUGAAACAUUUUACGACAAGUGUAGACUUUGCUGUUCAAGUUGCGUUUGGUAGAACAUCAUCUUCUAUGAAAUAUGUUCAUAAAACUGAAAUUGUUAAGAAAAUACCAUUUUAUGGUUAUCAUGAGAACGAAGAAGAGUUUAUUAAGAUGGAGUUGUACAAUCCAAGAAUGAUUCCUAAACUUGUUGAUCUUCUUCAGAAUGGAGCUAUAUUGAACAAGUCAUUUCAACCACACGAAGCUCAUGUUCCUUAUAUUCUACAGAAAUUUAUGCCUGGAUCCUACUGUGAAAAAAGUCAGUCGUUGUGAACUUGAAGUUGAUGUAGUUGCUGAAGACAUCUUGAAUCAAAUAAAUGUUGAAAGUUGUAUUGGUCAUAAUCCUGGUAUAACUGCUAUGUGGGAAGAUGAAAGACAACGAAGACGAGAUAUUGGACUAUCUUCACAAUCUGCUCUUCCUGUUUCACAAGAUCGUGUUGAAACACCCGUAUUGAAUCUUGAGAAAGAAUUUAAUGAAAAAAUCAAGGAAAUUAUUGAUGAAAGAAAUAAAGUGAUUCAAAGUGAGUUGGAGACAAUGGAAAAAUCUCUUUCACCCGAAGACUUUAAAGGAUUUUCUCAAAGUAUUUUGUCACAAAACAAGCAACUGCAGUGUGAAGCAACAAUAAACCAAGAUGUGGAUGUGGAUAGUCCAGUUGUUGAUCAGUCAGUUAUAGAUGUACUACAAGUUAGCCAGGCCAGCAAUUCAUCUGGAGAGUUGGAUAAAGAAUUGGUGGAGAUUUUAAUGAGUUUGGAUAAAGAUGACAAUGAAACACUGCUGCAUGAAUGUUCUCAUAUUGCGGGCUCACAAAAAGGUAGUGAUGAUGAACAUGAUGAAGAUAUUGAUGAAGAUAAAGAAUCAAUAUUAAUGUCACAGCCAUUUUGGAAAGAUGAUGAAGAGGAACAUGAUUCCCAAAGUUCGGAGGAUGAAGAGGAAAUGGACUGGAAACCACCUUUACGUAUGCCUCAAGUGGAUGGUCCUGGUGAUGACGAGGACUCUGCGGGACAUGGUAGCACGUGUACAACUGUAUCACGUGGUUUUAAGGAUAAAAAUUGGAAAAUGAAAAUCGAGUAUGACGACGACAAUGAUUUUCAAAGUAAAGAAAAAUCAAAAAGUAAAAAUUUAAAGAAAUGUAAACGAGGUGGAAGAAAAAGAAAAAUUGCUCAACUUAAUGUGUUUGGUGGCUGUCAUAAAACUCAAAAUGACGUUGAUACAUCACACACAUUUCUUCUCGGCAAAUGAUGACGAAUGACAAUAAACGUCGAGAAACGAUGGCACCAACAAGUCCAUUUCGAGGAAGUAAGAACAAUGUUAAUGAAGAAUUCCCUGAUUUCCAUUCAUUUUAUCCAUCAAAUAAACGAGGGAGAUCUGGGGAGGGUUAUUCUAUGGGUUCUAAAACAAAUACAAUGAAAAACGUGAAGAUGAUGGAUAAAGAAACUGUUUCUAAUGAUUUAAAAAAAACAUCAAAAGGAAAGAAGAAGAUGUCUGGAUUAAAGAAGGGAAAUGAGAUAUUCCGUAAUCUUGGCGUUUCAAGAAAUGUCAGAGAACUUUUACGUUGUACUGAGAACAAUUCUAGUGGA